AUGUCCACGCUUAAAAUUCACAAUUUCUCUAUUGGACCCUACAUCAUCCGUGGCCCAGUCAUUAUCAUCCGUGCUGAUCACAGUGUAACCGUUUCAUUCUCAUACAAGUCUGCUCUGUCUGUUCUUGAUGACAAUACCCUCCCUAUCGACGAAGACCGGUUCCGGUUCCAUUCACACGACGAUUUUGAAGCUAACUGUGACCUCAAAGGUGACCUUUACGAUGUUGUUGGCCACAUGAAGCUGGUCAAUGGACAGACUCUAAUUAAGCGUCCCAUCCUUGACGAAACAGAAAUAUCAACCAGUGUUAUGGUUCAUCUGCAAUCACACGAGUAUGUGCUUCCUGCUAUUAGAAUCACAACCUUUCUUUACUGCACUUACCCCGCUGCAACGGAAUUUUUCAAAAAGUUCAUGGCCUAUGAAAACACUCCAACCGUGCUUUUAGUCACCACAGUGAACCCGAAACGUCUAGGAGGUACCCUUGCCCUCAGCUCAAUGUCAUCCUCACGGGGUUUCAUGAACUAUGAUGUUCAACCAACCAUUGAUUACUUCAACUGGAUGGGUUCUAAACCAGAGAUUCAGGAGCUGGUUAAUGCGGAGGUGGUAACUAAGGCUGAGACAAUGACUAUUGCGGAAAUAUACGCCUACAUCAAGCAUGAAUCUGCGAAGCUUUUUUUUGAGUGCAUAGCCACCAUUGAUGAUGUUGGACGUGACUCUGCUUGGUAUUAUAUUGCCUGCAGUGGCUGCCAUACUAAGGCCAUCAAAGGUCCUACUUCUUUGAUGUGUCCUAAAUGUGGCAACGAUAAUGUAGCCGGUGUUCCACAGUACCGUGCGAAGAUCUCUGUGUACAACAAUAACGAGCAGGCUGUUUUCGUCCUACUUGGUGAUACUGGUCGUGAGUUAACUGGGAAACAUGCAACAAAAGUAGUUGACAGCUACCACUACAGGAAAUGUGGAUAUUAA